UUAAAUUUCUUUUACAUGUGUGUGGGUGUGGGUGUGGGUGUGGGUGUCCCAUUGAUGAAUGAAUUAGAGGCCCCAAUCCCAUAUUAUUUCUCGGCUCUUCCUGCAAUGGAAGCCAAGCCGCCAUCAAAGCCGCCGCCCAAUUUUGAAGACGAAGCAGCCGACCACAAGCCGCGCCGCCCCCACCUCGCCGUCGCCAAGCGGGCCUCCAACAAGGACCGCCACAAGAAGGUCGAGGGCCGCGGCCGCCGGAUCAGAAUUCCGGCGCUCUGCGCCGCCCGGAUCUUCCAGCUGACUCGCGAGCUCGGCCACAAGACCGACGGCGAGACCAUCCAGUGGCUGCUGCAGCAAUCCGAGCCGUCCAUCAUCGCCGCCACCGGCACCGGCACCAUUCCCGCCUCCGCCAUGUCCUCCGCCGCCGCCGCUGAAUCCGCAUCGGAGCAGGGCAGCUCCGUCUCCUCCGGCCUCCUCUACUCCACCCUCCCCCCCGCCGCCGCCGCCAUGAUCGGCGAAGAUUUUCUCGGCAGAUCAAUGGGGAUUUGGUCCUGCAGCUUCAAUGGAAUCGGCUCGCCAGCUGUCCUAGCCGCCGCCAAUCGCGUCGGCAAAAUCGGUUUCAAUGGAUUCGAAUUUCCACCCCCCGCCGCCGGAUUAGGUCAACCUCCGCCGCCGCCGCCGCAGCCCGCCCUGGAGCUCGGCCUGUCUCAAGACGGACAUAUCGGCGGAAUGAAUUUCCAGGCAUUGACUCAAUUCUAUCAUCAAUUAGGUCAAAAUGGCAGCUCCAUUGAUCAUCAUCAUCACGAUCAGCAAAACCCUGGCAAGGAAAAUUCAGAGGGAUCCAAACACUGACAGGGAUUGAUUGAUUGAUUGAUUGAUUGAUUGAUCGAUUUCAAAGUUCAUCUGGAUCGAUCGAUUUAAUUGCAUUUGAGGACAUCAAGAAAGAUUAUUGCGGGGUUUCGAGCAAAGGGUUCUGAGCCCACAAAUGGGAGCUACAAAGAUUUGCUUCUGCAUAUAUAUAUAUAUACAUACAUACAUAUUCAAAUAGGUCGAUGUAAUAGGAUGAUCAAUGAUCAGGAAAUUCUGGGGAUUUCCUUAGUUAUAUAUAUAUAUAUAUAUUUGUAUGGGUGAUUUUGAUUUUCAGUGAGAAGUAUGUAUAGUUUGGGUGUUGACAAUGGUUGGUUUUGUUAUUACAAUUUUGAGGUGUGCUGUCAAAUUUUGGAGUGUUGUCUCAAUUUAGUGCAUAAGAAAACAUGAUAACUCUUGCUGUU